GGUGGCGCGGUGGGGCCGCGCCAUGGCCACCGCGCAGCCCAAGCCCCUCGCGGGGGCGGCCGUGGCCCGGGGCUGCUGGUCCGCCUUCUGGGACUACGAGACGCCCAAGGUGAUCGUGGUGAGGAACCGGCGCCUGGGCGUCCUGUACCGCACGGUGCAGCUGCUCAUCUUGCUCUACUUCGUGUGGUACGUGUUCAUCGUGCAGAAGAGCUACCAGGACAGCGAGACGGGCCCCGAGAGCUCCGUCAUCACCAAGGUCAAGGGGGUCACCACGUCGGAGCACAGAGUGUGGGACGUGGAGGAAUACGUGAAGCCCCCCGAGGGGGGCAGCGUGUUCAGCAUCAUCACCAGGAUCGAGGCCACCCCUUCCCAGGCCCUGGGAACCUGCCCUGAGAGCAUGAGGGUCCCCAACGCUGCCUGCUACUCGGAUGAGGACUGCGUGGCUGGGGAACUGGACAUGCUGGGGCACGGGCUGCGGACCGGGCGUUGCAUACCCUACUACCAGGGGACCUCCAAGACCUGUGAGGUGUCGGGCUGGUGCCCCGUGGAGGACGGCGCCUCUGUCAGCCAAUUUCUGGGUAAGAUGGCCCCGAACUUCACCAUCCUCAUCAAGAACAGCAUCCACUACCCCAAGUUCCGCUUCUCCAAGGGCAACAUCGCAGACCGCAAGGACGGGUACCUGAAGCACUGCUCCUUCGACGAGGCCCUAGACCCCUACUGCCCCAUCUUCAAGCUAGGCUUCGUGGUGGAGCAGGCUGGGGAGAACUUCACAGAGCUGGCACAUAAGGGUGGUGUCAUCGGUGUUAUCAUCAACUGGGACUGUGACUUGGACCUGGCUGCAGCCGCGUGCAACCCCAAGUACUCCUUCCGGAGGCUCGACCCCAAACACGUCCCCGCCUCGUCGGGCUACAACUUCAGGUUUGCCAAGUACUACAAGACAAAUGGCACCACGACCCGCACGCUCAUCAAAGCCUACGGCAUCCGCAUCGACGUCAUCGUGCACGGGCAGGCCGGGAAGUUCAGCCUGAUUCCCACCAUCAUUAAUCUGGCCACAGCUCUGACCUCCAUCGGGGUGGGCUCCUUCUUGUGUGACUGGAUCUUGCUAACGUUCAUGAACAAAAACAAGGUCUACAGCCAUAAGAAAUUCGACAAGAUGGCAGACACCCCUGGACAGAGCACAGGACAAAGCCUCCCUGCCUCCCAGCUUCCCCGCCUUGAUUCCACGCCCACGGACCCCAAAGGUUUAGCCCAACUCUGAGCCUCCUGUCCUUCCCAUCAUGCCUUGCUGCAGACCUGGGCCCACUGGGGCCACAGACAAGGCCCCUGACAGCCUGGCCACCCACUGGGGGACCUGCCUGGUGGACGGGGGCCCCGGCUAGGCACCUCAGUGGCCGAGUAUCUCCACGAGACUGGGAACCAGAGGCUGCCCUCCUCCCUGGGCUGGGCUGCCACCUUUCCCCAGACUCCUGGGGUCUGCAGGGCGAGGCAUGUCCCCCUGCCCCAUCAAUAACGCACAGGGCUCCCCCCCCCACCUCUCUGCCGCUGCUCUUGGGGCCGUGGGGAAGCUGCCCCCAGCCCCUACCUUGAGCCUUGAAAUCUCAAGCUCUGCCUGGACCCUUCCCUUCGAAGUCACGACAUGCUCAGCAUCCAAUAAACCCGUGACCAGAA